GCGCGUGCGGACCGAUCGCAUAAUUAAUAUUACUUCUGGUGGAGGAUAGCCCCCAUUCCGAUACCAUGUCAAAGAACUGCAUGAUAACGUUCGACCAGAACGAGCACGGCACCUACUUUACCGGCCAGGUGAUAACCGGCAAGGUGAUCGUCAAUCUGAACAAGACCAAGAAACUGCGCGGUAUCAAACUACAAAUCAGCGGCUAUGCCCAGGCACAGUGGCGAGUCCGCCGACAUGGCCGGGCGGUGGCCAUCCAAAAUCCCAAGAAACGAUCCAAGCACCAGUACAGCGGACGGGAGGACUAUAUAGCCUCCACCACAUACCUCAUGGGCUCCGAACAGGGCAGCAACUUCAACAUGGACGCGGGCACGUACACCUACACGUUCGCCUGCCCCAUUCCCAGUCACUGCCCCUCUUCUUUUGAGGGUGCCUACGGCCAUAUCCGUUACCUGGCCAAGGUGACAUUCCUCAAGCCGGGAGCCUCCAAUCGCACCCAUAACGUGGGCUUCACAGUCCUCAAACUGCUGGACCUGAACCAGGAGAGCAAGAUGCUCAGGGAGCCGGCGAGCAACGAGGCCGUCGAGUACUUUUGCCUGAUGCACACGAAACCCGUGCAGCUGAAGGUGACGCUGCAGCAGCAGGGCUAUGUCCCGGGUCAGUUCAUGCUAGUUCACGCCCAGGUGCGCAACGAUUCCAGCUCCGACUGCCGCAAGUUGCUGAUUAUGCUGCACCUGCGGGCCACCUACACCGCCGACCAGCCCUCGCUGCGCACCACCUCCGAGAAGAUCAUGCUGGUGAAGCGAGAGUGCGGCCCGGUGCCCCAUCAUGGCCAGAGAACCUACACAGAAACACUAAGGAUUCCAGCCACGGCGCCCACUUGUGAGCACCUGAGCAAGGUGGUGCGGGUGUCAUACGAGGUCCGAGUGGUGGCCGUGAUGAAUUGGUUAAUGGCCAAUCCCCGGGUCAUCAUUCCCGUGACCAUUGGCAAUGUUCCUCUGGCUACGGCUGUCUCAGGACCAGAUUUUUUGCCCACACCCAACACGGCUUACGCAGCUGGAAGUCCGCUGCCUGCCGAUCUGCCCUGCACAUCAACGAGGGCCAUGGAACUGGCUCAGAUGUCCAGCAGCGGAGUAAGCAACUCCGGCUACGAGAUGACCGAGGAUCUUGAGGACUUUGAGCUCCCAGAGGAUGGGGAUGACGAGCUGGAGGCAACCGACGAAUUCGUGCCAGAUUUGCCUCCUCCCACCUACGAACAGGCCAUGUUUAUGACCACCGACAUUGCGGACACGGAUGCAAACACCGUCAGCGAGGCCUCCCAGUUCACGCCCCGCUACCCCGUCUUCGAUGUGGACACCUUCCAGAGUCCACCGCCAAAUCCGCCCCAAAAGAAGCGUCGUCGUCGCCGCAGACGACCCGCCAAUCCUGGCCAGCAGAAGCAGCUGCCGGAAAAGCAGCCCGUAGAGUCACCCGUACAGAUUUGAGAGAGCUUUGGGUGCUCAGGGCAAAUCACGACUACUAUAUCUUAUCUCGGCAGUAUUUAUUUCUUCUUCGGUUCGCCUGUGUACUAACCAGAAUGUUAAUGUAUCCACACACGUAUUCAUAUACCUACGCAAUGGUAAAUAAACAAACAAGAAUA